AUGCACUUCCUUCCUCGAAAACCAUCUUAAAAUCACAAUGAUGCCCGCAUUCGCAGAGGCCAAGGAUUUUUGGGAGCGCGAAGCUUCUUGCCGUUCAUCUGUCUAUCUCGCUGGCGGGAGAUUCAGCCGUUACUAGGGCUCUCUGUCGACAUUGCCGGCGUCAAUUCCUUCAAGAAAUUAUUUUCUUUUCUUGCCAUUUUCUGGGCUGUAAUCAGGCAUUUCGAGACAGACAUGGUUGAUUGUAAGAUAGAAGAUAACAAAGAAACCCUGCCAGAAAAGGGGGAUGCCAUUUCCAGUAGCGGCAUCACAAAUGGCACCGUGUCAAAAAAGGACAUACUCGCAGAAAAAGAGAACUUGGGCGAAGAGUUGGUGACUGCAGGGAAGGAGCCGUUUCAAGAUGUCGGUAGUUGCACAAAGAGUGAGGCCCCAGACUUCAGCAUACUUGAUGCUACAAGUUCUAGGGUGCAGAAUGAAGAAGGAGACUCAACAGACGAAAAGGUUUUGUUCAAAUCUCCCACCGCUGCCUCCAAAGCUGAAGGCGAUGUAAAUGCUAGUGAAUCUCAAGGUCCUCGUGGCUGCAGGGACAGUACUAAUCUUGAUUCUACUGAUCAAUUGGACUCCAUCGUCCAGAAUGAGAAUCUUAUGAAAGUUAGAGCGGAUGAUGAAGAACUUAAAAAACGGAAAGAUGGGAUGACUGAAGGGGAGGUAAGUGGUCGGGCAACUCAAAUGGAAUCAUGUAUGAUAUAUGUUGCUGGAAAAAAGGAACUGAAAAUUGGAGUGAAGAGGUGUGCCUCACUCUUAAACAAUAAAGAAAUGGAGGAGAACCUGAAGCGAGGAGCGAUUCUGAAGCAGGCAUCAACGGAAAAUGAAACAAAGGAGGGAUCGGAUGAUUUGUUGAAAGAGACAGAGGUGCUACCAGCCAAUAAAAUAAAGGAUGAAUUACUGAAGCCCGAAUUGGAUGUUGAACAUGAUAUUGAUGUGAAAACUCCUGGCAAGACCUUUCUGCUGGAUAUAAAUCCCAUGGGGGGCGAUGAGUCUGGAACAGAGGAAGAGCAAGCUGCAUUUAUGAAAGGGCUAGAGACUUUCCACAAAGAAAGGUGCUUGGAGUUCAAGGCCCCGCGGUUCUAUGGAGAGCCAUUAAAUUGUCUCAAGUUGUGGAGAGCAGUGAUCAGACUUGGUGGUUAUGAGCAGGUAACAUCAUGCAAGCUAUGGCGGCAAGUAGGAGAAUCAUUCAAACCCCCCAAGACUUGUACUACUGUCUCUUGGACAUUCCGAUGUUUUUACGAGAAGGCCCUACUAGAAUAUGAAAAGCACAAAAUGCGUAGUGGUGAGCUUCCAUUUGCUGAAGCUGCUUUUGCAGAACCUACUAGUUCUGGAAUCCAGGGGAAUCAAGCCUCCGGAUCUGGUAGAGCGAGAAGAGAUGCGGCAGCUCGAGCGAUGCAAGGUUGGCAUUCUCAACGUCUUCUUGGUAAUGGUGAGGUUGGAGAUCCUAUCAUUAAGGAGAAGAGCUCUGUGUCUAUGCCAAAGCGUGAAAAGCAACUUAAAAGCAUUGGUUUGAAGCGGAAAAAGCCAUCCCCCAUGGAGCAGGUUGCCAAAGUUACAUGCAUGAAAGUAUCAAAACCGCAUUUGGAGACAAUGGUAGUGGAUAUUGGCCCUCCAGCUGACUGGGUGAAGAUCAAUGUGCAGAGAACUAAGGAUUGUUACGAAGUGUAUGCUUUAGUUCCUGGCCUUUUGCGUGAAGAGGUUCGCGUGCAGUCUGAUCCAGCUGGGCGCUUGGUUAUUUCUGGCCAACCUGAACAGCUGGACAAUCCUUGGGGUGUUGCUCCAUUCAAAAAGGUAGUCAGUUUACCUUCAAGAAUUGAUCCUCACCAGACCUCUGCUGUGGUUACUCUGCAUGGGCAGCUCUUUGUGCGUGUACCAUUUGAACAAUCAAAUAUUUAGCCGGAGGUGAGUGGCCUUAUACAACAACAGAUGACGCCCUAGGGUGAGUUGUUUGGGAAAUGAAGGUGUUGAAUUCACCCGUGAUACAGAAUUUGGUUUGAUAGAUUUAUGUUUUUUAGUGCCGGGUAACUCGUAGGUUUUAUAAUUUGCUCUGGACGGUGAUGUAUGUAUUAUAGCAGAAAGCAGCUGUCACGCUAUUUCCUCUUAUCCCAUCUCGUAUGGUACCUCAUCCCAGUCUGUUAGUUUUUGUACAAAUUCUUGCCACAUCGCCAGCUGCUCGAGUAAUAUGAGUAUGUGAGAUCUUUCUGAACCUCGAA